AUGGAGACCCCUACCAAGCUACCUCCGUCAAGCCCAUCUUCUCCAACUACGGGCUUCUCGGUUCCAAGCGCGGAGAAGGUGGACGGUUUCCCACGUCGUUCGAUGCGUCGAGCCAGGCAACGACGGUCGCAUAGCUCCUCGCAGUUUCGCUAUCAGAGCUCCCAGGUGGAGCUCACACCGUUACCACUACUCAAAGAUGCACCUGUUGCAGAGUUACACGACCUGUUCUGUAGGAAGCUGCAGCAGUGUUGUGUUCUCUUUGACUUCCUGGACUGUGUGGCCGACCUGAAGGGCAAAGAGAUCAAACGCGCCGCCCUCAACGAGCUGGUGGAGAGCGUGGCCACCAGCAGGGGCGUCCUCAUCGAACCCCUCUACCCAGAGGCCAUCAAGAUGAUUUCAGUGAACAUCUUCCGCACUCUCCCGCCCAGCGAGAAUCCCGAGUUCGACCCCGAGGAGGACGAGCCGACGCUGGAGGCCUCCUGGCCGCACCUACAGCUGGUGUACGAGUUCUUCUUGCGUUUCCUGGAAAGCCCUGAUUUCCAGCCCUCCAUGGCCAAACGUUACGUGGACCAGAAAUUCGUCCUUCAGUUGCUGGAGCUGUUUGACAGUGAAGACCCCAGGGAGAGAGAAUAUCUGAAGACCAUCCUUCAUCGUGUCUAUGGCAAACUGCUUGGCCUGCGAGCCUACAUCCGCAAACAGAUCAACAACAUCUUCCUCAGGUUCAUUUACGAAACCGAGCAUUUCAACGGUGUGGCUGAACUUCUGGAGAUUCUGGGCAGUAUCAUUAAUGGUUUUGCUUUGCCACUGAAGUCGGAGCAUAAGCAGUUUCUUGUGAGGGUCUUGAUCCCCCUUCACACGGCCAAAUCUCUCUCCAUCUUUCACGCGCAGCUGGCCUACUGUGUGGUGCAGUUUAUGGAGAAGGAUGCCACAGUCACGGAAUAUAUCAUCAGAGGGCUGCUAAAAUAUUGGCCCAAGACAUGCACUCAGAAAGAGGUGAUGUUCCUGGGUGAGAUCGAGGAGAUUCUUGACGUGAUUGAACCGUCCCAGUUCAUCCGCAUACAGGAGCCGCUUUUCAAACAGAUUGCCGCCUGCAUAUCCAGCCCACACUUCCAGGUUGCAGAGCGGGCUCUGUAUUUCUGGAAUAAUGAAUACAUUCUCAGCCUGAUAGAGGAAAACUGCCAGGUUAUUCUGCCGCUGGUGUUUGGAACCCUCUACAGAGUCUCCAAAGAGCACUGGAAUCAGACGAUUGUGUCUCUUAUCUACAACGUGCUGAAGACUUUCAUGGAGAUGAACAGCAAGCUCUUUGACGACCUCACUGCCUCGUAUAAAGUGGAAAAACAAAAAGAGCUGAAGAGAGAGCGUGAACGGGCUGAGUUGUGGAGAGGGUUGGAGGAGCAGCAGGAGCGUCGGCUGCAGAGCCUGGGAGAGGCCAUCCGGAACCAGAAGAACCUGCAAGAGAGAGAGAACCCGUCGCCCAGCGAGCCAGAGACCAGUGCUGCCAACACCACCUAA